CCAUUGACUGGGCAUCCCUUCCGGUAGAUGAGGUCAACUUUUUCCUAGAUCCGCCAUUUCAGUCCUGGAGUUUCUUCUUGAAUAUUACUUUUCUAUUAUUUACUUAUUCUGACGUAUAACCAGUUAAUAAUUUCCGUUUGAAUUUCAGUGGUAGUUACCGACUAAAUAGUUUGGAUUACCGUUAAAAGUUGGUUGAAUCAAGGAUACCACUGCGUUUUUCCAGCGUCGAAAUUAGUCAACCAAAGUUUUGUAUGAGUUGCAGAUAAGGAGAGGGAAAGGCCUGAAGCCUCGGACGGGAUUCCACAGGCUGGUACCAUGGCUGGUAAUUUUGAUGCCGAAGACCGGCCUAGUUGGUACUGGGGACGACUGAGUCGCCAGGAAGCAGUUUCCCUUCUUCAGGGACAGAGACACGGCGUUUUCUUGGUGAGGGACUCGAUCACCAGUCCCGGCGACUACGUGCUCUCCGUUUCAGAGAACUCUAAAGUGUCCCAUUACAUAAUCAACAGCGUCAGUAACAACCGACAGUCUGGCUCAGGUUUAGCUCCUCCGCGGUUUCGGAUCGGUGAUCAGGAGUUUGAGGCACUUCCAGCUCUGCUGGAGUUCUAUAAGAUCCAUUAUCUGGACACGACUACACUCAUAGAGCCUAUAAGUAAGGCUGAACACACCGGCUUUGUCAGUUCCUCCACUGCUGGGAUCCCACAGCAGCCUGAGGAGGCUGUAUUUGUCAGGGCACUGUUUGACUUCCCUGGAAACGAUGAGGAGGACCUCCCUUUUCGAUUGGGGGACAUCCUGCGUGUGCUUGAGAAGCCGGAGGACCAGUGGUGGAAUGCUGUAAACCAAGAAGGCCGAGUUGGGAUGAUCCCUGUACCCUAUGUAGAGAAGUACCGACCUGGCCCGCCCCCUGCUGCCGGCCUGGGUCCCCCAGUUUUAGGAACCAGGUCAGGGGGGCAUGUUGUAGGGCCCGUGGGCAGCACAGAUGGGACAGGAGCACCUCAGGCCAACCCUUUAGGGGACCCAGGCCAGUACGCUCAACCUGUGGUCAACACCCAGCUUCCCAACUUACAAAAUGGGCCUGUGUAUGCGCGGGUCAUUCAGAAGAGGGUGCCCAACGCUUAUGACAAGACAGCUCUCGCACUGGAGGUGGGGGACAUGGUAAAAGUGACCAAGAUCAAUGUGAACGGCCAGUGGGAGGGUGAGUGUAAGGGCAAACGAGGGCACUUCCCGUUUACCCACGUCCGACUGCUGGAACAGCACCACUCUGACGAUGAGAGCUGAGAGACGCUAGCCCUCCUGGCACAUCAGGCAUCCUUUGGAAGCUUUGUUAUUCUCUGAAAGGAAAUAGAUUCAUACAAGCAGACGGUCUACAAGCUGAAACGGUCGAGCUAUGCCAACAUGUUGGCUUACCUCACCUAUUGUCAUAUUGAUGGACUUCACACAUACUAAGAGUUUACAUUAAGGUCAUUGGUUUGCCCAUAUUAGCUUUUUAGUUCCUCUUUUCAAGCCAACCUAACUAGACAUCACUGUCUGCACAUUUAAAGCCACAGAAACUAUUUUACUCUGUAAAGAUGUUGGUAUUUGUUUUGUUUUUUUCUUCAGUCCUCCUGCUUGGCUCAGGGGUAGACUGUAGCUUUUCUUACUCAACUAAUGAAUGAGCCGCUUUGUAAGUCCUGUAGUCAGUGUUUGUGGAACAAGACCUUGUAGUUCUGUGCUUUUUCACCGAAUCUUUUGAAUCCAGUUGUUUGUCAAACGGGGAAACAACUGGCACAGAAAUGUGCUUGAAAUGUUGGGUUUUAAUGUGAUUUCAGUCAUAACUUGGAACGCAUUGUUUGUCGUUUUUGGACUGUAGAUUGUAGCAGCCACUGGAUGUAUUUUUAGACCGCAGAACAAAGCACAAAUUCAACAUCUAAGCCACUAUUAAUCAUGUAAAAUUUUCAAGAUUACAUCCAAAUAGAUUUUUGAAGGUAAUUUUAUACAAGUGCGAAAGAAUUUGGUAAGAAGGAUGCCACCUUCUUUCAUUGAAAUUGGAUGUUUGUUGAUCUCCUGUCCAAUUCCUCUGCAGGGAUAAUUAGUUUGUUAUCCUGUUUGAUUAUCACAAUUAGACGUUAAACAAUAGUAAGCAAAGCUGAUUUAAACAAUUAAAUUAUCCUUUUUGUUGAAGUCCCAAAAAAUUAGAUGAACUGUUUGUAAUUGGUUCAUUGAGUGCGUUUAACCUGGUACAAGGCAGGAAAACAUCUGUUUGCUAUAUAUAAAUCUUUGUUGAUCUAAUACAGGGUUCAGUUGGAGCAAAUGAAGAUGCUUAAAACUGCAUAUUUCUUCAGAAAAUAUCUCCUGGUUAAGGAGGGGGAGCUUUGAUUGCAAAGAAUUGCAAACAGCCAGCACCAAAAAAACUGCAUUUUUCCUUGCUCACUCAGAAUUAACCAAAUACUGGCCUUGAUUUGCCCCUUACCUCAUUUUUGCUCCUUCUGAUCAAAUUCAGAGAUGACUUCACAAACUUUAAAACACUCCUUUCAAACCCCCAAAAAACAGAAAAUAAUAUGAUAGGUUUGACUAUAUGUAUGGCUUACAUGCUAAAUAUUAACAUUUUCCCAGGUUUUUUUUUUAAUUUAUUGUCUUUUUUUUAUUGCUUUCACUUUUUGAUCCCAGAAAGUGUACAUGAAAUAUUUUGUCCUUCUUUUAAGUUACUACUGCAUGCCAUCACAGUUGACUUGUAAUGCGCCUUUGUGAAAGAACAAAAUGGCCAUUUUACACGUGAUGUAAAAAAUGUUAAGGAUUCGAUUUUUAUCCUCCCAAAGAGUUAUUUGUUCUGAGACGCAGUUAAGUUUUAAAAAACUUUUUUUAUUACACCUUAAACCUUGAUUGUAGUGGACGUUUAUUGUAAAAAAAAAAAAAAACUAUCCAUUCACUUUUAUUUCUCCUCCCUUAAGUUGCCAUUAAUUAGUUCAGGUGUGGGUCUGUUGGAAUCAGCUCCAAAUUGAUCCAAAACACAAUCUGAAGUUGAAAAAUAAAAACUUAAACACUGUUUUUCGCACAUAAAAACUCCUUUGGUUGUAGCCUUAUCUUUUGUGAUUGGUAGGAUACAUUCAAGUUGGGUUAUACCUGUUAUUCCCCAGUUUUAAUCAUUUUCCUCGUGAUGUAUCAAAUCAUAAAAUGCCUCAUCAGACUGGCAGUCUGAGUCAUAUGUUGAGCCUGUAAACUCUCUCUAUGUUUGUCACUUAGGAGUGUCUUCUAAGUCUCACCCUCUCUACCUCUUGUUUUUUUUUUUUUUUCUUGUUUUUUUUUUAAAUGAGGAAUUUUGAAUAGGAACCGAAACUGAACAUCACAGAGUGCUGCCAUCAAUACAUUUGGGCUUUUUACAUCAGAAGUCCAUUGUGUGUCCUCCUAUUUUGGUCAGAUGAGUCAUUUUAACACAUUAACACGUAUUCAUUUUGUGUGUAAUUUGAUGGUGUCAAAGCCAUGUGGUGAUUAUUCCUUUUAUGUCUUCUUGCUUUAAGUCAUCCUUGUAUAUGUGAGGAUCAACAACUCGUGUUGUGUUAAAAAAUGCAUGUAAAAAGGAGCACAAGCCCCCUGUCAGGUCAGAGAUUGUAGAAGAUGAAAGCUUCUUUACAUCUGCAUAUGUGUCUUACCCCAGAUUUGAAAAAUGUCUUCAGUUUACAUUUUAGAAAUUUGUAAAUAAAGAAAAAGAACAAUUUUAUGUUUCUUUUGAUAGUCUAAAUUUUAUUGAAAGUAUUUUUGUACACUACAUCAGUGCCACAUUUUAUUGCCAUAAUCUGCUUAUUACUCAAUUUUACCCAUGUACAGUUUAUAGCACUGCAUAUAAUAUAUGAAUAAAUACAUGCAAUAUACCUUUAUAUUCCCUACAUUCCAUUAUUCUUGAGGUGACUUGUAUGUGGUUACACAGGCAUAGUGAUGGUACAAUUCUGAACUGAGGUGUUAAGUGUCACUUAAAAACAGCAUCUAAUUUAUAUUGUUUAAAAUAUUUCUUUGUGCACAUUAAUGAGCAGGGUUUGAGUAGUUGUACAUUCAAGUAUAUUAUUUGGGUAUUAAAAUGCUCAGCUUGCUCCAGUUGUCACUGAGAAGGAAGAAUGGUUCUCCCUUAAUCAUGAUUGUGCCAACUGGGCCCCAACAUUUUACAACUGUUAGCUAAUUUUUUACUUGUAAUAUGCACCUUGUCUUAUCUUCAGCUCAAGGGAAAAGUCUGAUCAUGCCAAAUGCUGUCUCUUUUUUGUUUCUUUUAUAUUGAUCAUAUGUUUUUCUUCCAUUUGACUCAGAUCUGAACAGGGCCACAAGAAUAAAAAAAAUAUUUUAUUUAACCUUUCCAAUAUGCAAAAAUGUAAUGAAUUAUGUUAUUUUGAUCUUGGGAUUUUUUUUGUAGCAUGCAAUGUGUUAAUAUACUUGGUAAAUAAAAAAAAAGAAUAUCAAUAAAUUUACUAUCAUCAUCUAUUCCAAUUAAAAUUAGUCUCAAAUUGGGUAAUCAAAGCGACGUUUUCUUUUUUUUUCCAAUUUCAAAUUAAAUUAAAAAGCAUUUAUGAAAUGGCAAAUUAUUAGAAGCUCGAAAACCAACUGACUCUUAUAUGAAAUUCCAAUCUCCAUCCACACCAUGCAUGGGGCAGUGGGGAGGCUAGCCCUUGUCUCCACUGCCUUGAAGAAACAAGAACAGAAACCUUCAGCAGAACCAGACUGGAAAAGCAGCCAUGUACCUUAAAUGGUUCAAAUGUGAGAAAACAGAACAAUGAAAUGAAAAUAUCAGACCUGGGUGCCUGUCUUCUAAAGAGGACAUACAAAUCCUUAAAACAAUAGCCUAAUUCUGACCACAGCUAAUCUGUUUACUCGAAUAAUAUAAUGCUUAUCUAAUACUUCCAGUUUGUAUAUGUGAGUUUAAGCUGGGAAACUUCUAAUACCUGCAGGACAGCGGCUCUCGAGGACCAACUUUGGGUACCCCCAUAAAUAAAAGACAUAUAAUAAAUAUAAUUUAAUUAAAUAAUAAAGAAAUUUACAUCCGCAAUUGAAUUGAAAUAAAAUGUAAAAAAAAUGAAUAAGA